AUGGACGACUUCGAGUAUUAUUUCCUCCCAAAUGAGGAGGAGUCGGAGCAGGUGAAGGGAGCCAAACUGGAGCUGCACAAUGUGCUGAAGCGAAACAGAGAAAGGCACAGCAGGGUGAACAAGCCGAUGAAGGCGGCAUCCAAUGUGAUAUCGCUCCUUGGUGAGAAGGAGGAUGCGUCGAAGGGGAAGAUGGAAGGAUCUGCCCCUUGGGGCGAUGGGGAGGAAGGGCGCUACAGAGGCAUGAACCACACCUCUGCCAGAAUAGGAGAGCAAUGCUCCAAAAGGAGGAGGACUAACAAAGCAGACACGAAGCUCCAAACAGGGGGAGAGGAAGAAGUACCUAGUGAAGGCCCCCCUGUAGGUGAAAACUCAAAUGAAGACAAUCAAAACAGUGAGGUCAAUACGGAAGGGCCAAUUCAACCUGGUGACAACGUGGGGGAAACUUCAUUCGAGGGAGACCGAAAAGGUAAAAGAAAAUUCAAUGAGGAUAAUAUUACCCACAAUGGGAAAAGCGCCACUAUGGGUGACGAUGAAGAUAAGGGGGACACUUCAAUGAAGUGGACAGCAACGGGAGGAAGUGCCAAAAGUCGAAGCAACAGUUGCGGUGGCACUUCUGAUGAGGGAGACCAGUUAGAUCCUCUAUCCUCGGGAAGGUCCUCCUCGACGGAUUACCUUUCCCAUGAUAAGGGGAAAAAAGAAGGGAAGGUCAAAAUGGAGACGCACCCCCCCGGGGGGAAUGGCCAAGUGUCGACCAGGUUAGCAUCUGGAAUGGCAGAUAAUAAUACCGCUGCAACUAGUGCGUCUACCAUAGGGAGGGAGGGAAGAACGCCUCGAAGUAGUGGACAGGGCCGAGUACCCGAGCAGCCAAAGCGGGAAAGGAAAAAGUACAGCGGGAUCAUGCUGCUACACAAAUUUAAAAUAAACUACCAAAGUCUGACCGAGUCGGAAAAAAAGUACUACCGCUACAUGAUGAAGAAGCUGCGUGUGCAUUACGAUCACGAGAGGCACAUUUUCUACACAGACGACGUAUUCACGAAAUGUUUUACGGAAAGGGUUCGACAAGAAAAGGGGAAUUUCAACUAUCUGGGCUAUUUAGAAUAUGCCUGCUUCUACAUCCUCGAAUGGUUAACCCCAACAAGGGAGGAAAAAUUGUUAAAACAAAAAUCGUUGGUAAAGUUGGAAGUCGUGGUGAAGUCACUUUUUCCAAAGGCUACGAUGCAACCGUUUGGGUCGUUCGUUACAGGAUUGUCUAUCCCCGGUAGUGACCUCGAUGUGUGUUUUCUAAACAUCCCUUUAGACGACCUCGAUGCGUUGCUAACCAUUUCGUACGCCUUAGUCAAACUAGAAAUGGUAGCAGACAUAAGAAUAAUAAAAGAUGCACGGGUGAAGAUUCUAAAAUAUACGGAUAAAGAAACGGGGGUUCAGGUAGAUGUGUGUACAAAUCAACUCUCUUCAAGACAAACAACAGAUUUUAUAAAAAGUAAAAUGGAAAAAUAUGUAUAUUUGAGACCGUUAGUUAUUCUGUUAAAGUUUUUUCUGAACUCAAGAAAUUUGAAUGAGACCUACAUAGGUGGGAUUGGUUCUUUCCUUCUGUGCUGUAUGGUCUUGCAUUUCUUACAGCUCCACCCUACUACCUUCGACUGGAAUGUUUUCAACAACAGCUACCUGGUGAAAUUGCUCCUCGAGUUCUUUAGCUUCUACAGUAUUGACUAUAAGGUGGAUUAUAAUUGCACCGUUUUGCGAGGCCUAGGACAUGUCAUGCCAAGAUAUCUGCGUAGAGAGUUCGAACCGGGAAACCGACUCUGCUUUGAAAACCCUAUUGAUACUUCACUGGACAUUGGGAAAAAUGCCUACAAAAUUAGGUAUGUGUUUUAUCUGUUCAGCCACCAGUUUUGCGCUCUGACGAGCUUGAUUGGGGGGUUGCGUGGCAAAGCGGGGGAGGCCCUUUUGGCCGUCGACGGUUCGAACGGCGAAGCGGCGGGCGAAGUGAGGGACAAUGUGGAAGAGAAACAGGACAGCUACGUGGCGGAAACGGGCGGCAACAUGGGAUGCAACAUGGGAGAUGACGUCGGAGGAACGGAAGACCAACUGAGUCGGUACACCGAGGGAGACAAACUAAACGCAGCCAGCUCCAUUUUCCCCCUCUUCUUCGCCAACUUUUUCAACCCAGAUAGCAUCGUCUUCACGAAGCGACUCAAGGCUAACUUCCCCAACCCGCAGUGGAACAUGAGCCACUUUGACUUUUCCAUCACCACGGAGGAGAAACACAAGUUGCUGGAAAUGCUUCGGGAGGAGUGGGCCUCCUACUUCGAUCAGGGCGUUCCCCCCGAGUCUGCAACUUUGUUCGCCGCCUUCGACAAGGCCUUCCCCUUCUCCCUGGAUCUGUACAACAACGCGUUUCGGUACGCCUAG